CGCGUGAGCAGCUCAGCAGCACACAAUUAACAGGUGCGAGCGAGAUGCAAGUACGCAGUAUGAGAGCAGUAAUCGUUAGCAAGUUACAUAUUGCUCGAGCUGGGAGCAAUCGUUUUACCGCCACAACAGCUGACAGUUGUAUUAGAUUGGAAUAACUUGAGCAAAACAAAACCGCUGCAAUGUUUUUGUUCAUCAGAAGUCCCAUGGGCUCGCUGGGCAAUAACAUGCGGGCGGUGCGCGAUCGUUUGGGAGAUGAGUUUGUAGCCAAGCUGGACGAACUGCAUCUGAACGCAUUGCGAACGGGUCUUGUGUCAAGGGCCGAUCUGCAGGAGGCUUACCGCAAAGCACGCGACAUGGAUACUAAUUCAAAUCGACUUAGUUUACUAUGGCUACUUGGCAUAAUUUUCUUUAUUCUGGUGGCAACUCCCGUUUUCUACGAAACCAUAUCGUUUCUACUUGGCGUGCGCUGUUUUCUGCCCAACAAUAAUCUAGUGCUAGAGGCUACACGUCCCAUUAUUGACUGCGCAUUCUGCAAGAGCGUCUCGGCCCCAUUAAUUCUUAACAAUCUCACCCGUGAGCAAUUUUCUUCGUAUGCCUACUCCUCACUGCCUAUAAUUGUGAAAAAAGCCGUUGCACAUUGGCCGGCGCAGCACAGCCUCAACUAUAGCUACAUUAAGGAACUUUAUAAUAGAGUGCCUGGCUCACUGGAUGCUGUCUGUCAGUUUCAGCACUUUAGCUCAGAUCUCAAGACGCUCCGGGACGUCUUUAAAAUGUCCCCGAAACGCGCUGAUAUGAGCGAGGGUGCGCCGUGGUUUGUCGGUUGGAGCGUGUGCCAACCAACAGUACUAGCUGAGCUCCGCAAGCUGUAUCCUCGUCCACACUUUCUGCCUGUUGACGCCGAGAUGCCCAACACCGACUUUAUACUCAUGGGCUAUGAGCAGGGUGCUGUUAUGCAUCUUGACUAUAUACCGCGACUGAUGUGGCAGGCCCAGUUGCAGGGCAACAAAAGUUGGUUUUUAUCGCCAGCGCCGGAAUGUGAUCACCAAUGUCAGUCGUUCUUCUUCUAUGUGGAGCCGGGUGACGCUGUUCUGGUAGACACCCGCAUUUGGUAUCACGCCAACACCAUACCCAGAGGCCAGUUCUCGCUCACAAUACAAUCAGAAUAUGGCUAGUUGUACAAUAAAAUGUCGCGCUUAACUUUAAAUAAAACAACUCUAAUCUAUAAGCAGAAA